AUGGAUUCUAACUGCCAUUGUGCAAAUGAAACAGUUAAUUUUGAGCAAAAAAACGAAGGGAUGCAUUACGCGAUGUACUCUCACAUUGACCUACAAAAGGUAGUAGUACUGAAUGAAGCAGUUGAAGGUUCUGGUGCAAAGAUUUUCAAGAAAUGGGAGGAUCGAUUGGACAGGGCUGUUCAUGUAGAAAGUGAUGUUGAUGAGGAGCUACUAUUCAAUGUACCGUUCAAAGGGCAUGUAAAAAUAACUGGUCUUGUACUGGCUGGCGAUUUAGAUGGUACUCAUCCAUCAUACAUGCGACUCUACAAAGAUCGACCAUCAAUGUCAUUUGAAGCGACGGCCUUAGAAGCUGAUCAAGAAUUUUCACUAAAACAGGACGCUAGUGCACAGAUAGAUUAUCCUAUGAAGGCCUCAAAAUUCUCAAAUGUAACGCAUCUCAGCUUGCAUUUCCCAACUAAUUUUGGCGAAAACAAAACUCGGAUUUACUAUAUCGGUUUGCGUGGUGAGUAUAUUGCGGAUGUAAGGCAACAGAUAUGCAUUACAACAUACGAGGCUAGGCCGAUGCUUAAAGAUCAUAAAGGAGAGAUUCCAGAUGUUAUACAAAGAAGUGUUAUGUGA